AUGGCAUCACUGCUGAAAAAGUCCCUGAAGCUCGCGCUCAUCCAACUCGCUUCGGGCGCUGAUAAGACGGCGAACCUUACAUCCGCACGCCAAAAGGUUCUCGAUGCCUCGAAAGCCGGCGCAAAACUUGUAGUGCUUCCCGAAUGCUUCAAUUCGCCUUACGGAACAAAGUACUUUGACAAGUACGCCGAGACACUGCUCCCGUCCCCGCCAUCGGAAUCGCAAUCGCAGACAUUCCACGCGCUAAGCAAGUUGGCAAAAGAGGCGGGUGUAUAUCUUGUAGGAGGAAGCAUACCGGAGAGGGACAGCAAGGAUACGAAGAAGCUAUACAACACGAGUCUGACGUUUGCGCCCAGUGGAGAGCUGCUUGCAACUCACCGCAAGGUGCAUCUGUUCGACAUUGAUAUUCCAGGGAAGAUCAAGUUCAAGGAGAGCGAAGUGCUAUCGCCAGGCAACAAGAUCACUUUGGUUGAUCUACCAGAGUACGGAAAGAUUGCGAUAGCAAUCUGCUAUGACAUACGGUUCCCCGAACUUGCGAUGAUUGCAGCAAGAAAGGGCGCGUUUCUACUACUGUACCCUGGCGCAUUCAAUCUCACAACUGGUGCAUUGCAUUGGGAGUUGUUGGCGAGGGCCCGGGCAACGGACAACCAGGUCUACGUUGGACUGUGUAGUCCAGCGAGAGAUAUGGAGGCCGAAUACAAUGCAUGGGGACACAGCAUGGUUGUCGAUCCGAAUGCGGCCGUACUAGAACAGCUUGAUGAGAAGGAAGGUGUACUCAUCCGCGAGUUGGAGGCAGGAAAGAUCGAAGAGAUCAGGAAGGGAGUACCGUUGUAUGGACAGAGGAGGUUUGAUGUGUAUCCUGACGUCAGCGAAGGUGGCCGGUUCAAAGAAUAG